AUGCCCGCGUUUGGCGAGAGUUCGGCAAUCAACCAACCUCCUCGUUGCAACUCACGUGUCCACUGUCCACCUCCGCUACCGACUGUGUGGACAUCUCAUGGGAUCGUUGCCAUUUUCUCCUUUUAUACUUCCUUCAGAGCCGAGGAGAAAUUCAUGGCUGAGGAGUGUCAAAGCGUUGAAAUUCAUAAAGACGCCGAGUGCGAGGGUGAAGCAUUCUGCACAUCUUCACUUCAUACCUCAACAAUGGAGGCAAAUCAACCCAGCCUAGAUUUGGAUGAGGUUCAAUUCAUGGAUGUGGAGGAUGUUGAGAGUAGCACUGAUGAGCAUUCAGUUGAGGCUGGAGCGUCCACUUCAACGCCCAUCACUGGGACGUGCUGCCUUUCAGGGUCGGCAGAGGUGACAGCACAACACACCGAGUUGGACCUCCUUCAAGCAUUAGGUUAG